AUGGCGGCCGCACUCAUGCAGUCAGAUCGACGCGAGGCGACCGCCGCAGAUGGCCCUGCCAGCACUUCCGCCCGCUGCGCAAUCGCGAUCCAAGAGUGUGUCCGUGAGAUGAAUGCUGCUCAUGCCACCAACAAGGACUCCAUCCACCAUCCCCAAGCCUUCGAAAAAGCAGCGAAUGAAAAAAAUUUGUCGAAGUCCCUCAUGUGCGACCAGAGCAUGAAGAAAAGAGACGCUUGCAUGGAUCGCCUUCUGGAGAUGCUUGAGAGCAGCAAGCUCCAUGAUGCAAGCAAGCAGGCCGCCCCAGCAGACCAAGUCUCCGGAGCUGGACUGCUCCACGGCUGCGCGAACGCCGAGAAGCGUAAUAUCGAAUUGAAAGCGCAGCUCCGAGCAGCCUAUGGUAGAAUCCAAGAUCUCGCAUACCUAUACUCCGAAAUCGAGCCGUUAUGCAUUGCCGACACGAGCACAUAUCCAGACACCGGUGUGGAGGAGCCUGGCAGCGCCAACUUGAGCUGUGUUCGACACAGCCAGCAGAUCGUGAAGCGAAAUGAUAACCUGGCGGCUCACCUCGCGGUAGCCAAUGCCGAUGUCGAAUCCGCUGAGAGUCGGAAGAACAUCCUGGACUGGAGCAAACGAAUCGAACGUUACAAGGAAGGUCACCGCGACGGGAUGAAGGCACAGUUGGAUCUGAUCAAACAGCAGGAGUCCGAGCGGGAGAUGCAAGAAUUCGUUGCAUUCUUCAGACAGAGCACGGCUCGUUGGGAGAAAGUGCAGGGCAAACAGCCCGAGAGAUAA